UUCCCAUAGGAAAUAUCAGAAAUUAUUAUUAAGUUCUAUGCUAAAAUUAUUAACAUAUUGAAACCUUUAUUACUAGAGAGUCAGAGUAGUUAACUACUGAAUAACACAACUAAGCAAAACUAAAAGAAACAAUAUCUACAUAUCACAUCCAUCAUUUUGAAGGUGGACACAAUGGAGAGAGAAUGGGAAAAGCUUCUCUGAUCAUUUUCAUGCUUGUUUUAACCAGUCUGCUUUCUACUACAUGCUAUUUACAUUAGAAUCAUGCUGGGUUGGGUACCAUAUUGUAAUGAGCAGCUAGAUGCUUUUCUAUGGCACAAUAAGUUCAUUGGUUCUUCUUUGUUGGGACAGCACAAAAACACAUGAAUGUAAUAGAAGGGGCAAAACACACUUGUGGAGUCAAUCCUUUUUGAUGCUCAUUGUGCUGGUCUCACAAGAUUUUCUCAGAUUUUGCAUGACGACAAGCAUGAUGAUGGUUUGAAGUACCAUGUUUUUGAGGCACACUUUUGAGGGCUUCUACUGUAACUCAAAACAUAGUUUAACAUGUUCUUAUUAAAGGUCCCAUAUUUUUGCUAUUUAGACCUCUAUAGAGUGACUCUGUAACAUGGACAUAGUAUAAAAGUGUCAAUUUCAUUUAAAAAAAAAAAAACACCUUGGUUUUGUCAUGCGAGUGUUCAGAAAAGACCCCUCUGAGAGGUACUCAUGUUUGACUCAGUUUAGUAUCCGCUCUGUCCAUAUUUGGCUAAGACCACCCCUUUCCUCUGAUUGGUUGCCUCCGUGUAGAAGACCAACUUGUUAGAGCACACGUUUGUUAUGUUGACGGCGCUGGCUCAGGAGCGGAGAGGUUGGCGGGGAUCUUCGCUAGUGACAUAGAUAAGCUUAGAGAAAUUCGAAUGGCCUAAUUUCAGGCCUCUCGGCAGAAAAACGUCUGGAACUCAGGGAUGCAAGGACGAUUUUAAUUCUAAUUUCACGUUUACUGAGGCACCAUAGAGACAAUAUUACAUCCCAAACACUAGAAAAAGUUGGUUAGGCAAAAUACGGGACCUUUAAAGUGUUAAUAAUAUUUAGAAAAAAAUCCAGUUCAGUUUACAACAGUACCGACAUACAGGGUUUCGAUGUUACAAAUUGCGUACAAUGAAAUAGUUUGCACAGCAGCUCAGAAUAAGUCAUACAAAUAUAUAGAGAUAUUAAAAAGAAAUAAAAUAUAUAAAAUAUUUAGUCUAAAUGUGACCUUUAGCGUAGAUUAGAGCUACACUACGUUAUCACGUCGCCCAUGUAGGAAUGGAACUCAGUCAUAAACCGAGCGCCACCUGUAAUUACAAUUUUGUAGAUACAUAAAACAGUGUUAUGUGUUUAACAGUGGUGGGCGGUACAUUUCAGACCUGUAUCAAAGUGGUGUAUAUAAGAUCAAACAUAAAAAACAAAAAUGUGUUGUAUGUUACAGUGGGUAUGGAAAGUAUUCAGACCCCCUUAAAUUUUUCACUCUUUGUUAUAUUGCAGCCAUUUGCUAAAAUCAUUUAAGUCAGCCCCAAGUGUGCAUGUUUUUAAGUCCAGGUUAAAAACUCUUCUUUUUUACAAUGCUUUCUAGAGCAUUUCCACUUUUAAAUGAUAUCUCUUGCAUUGUACGCUGUUUUAAUUGUAUUUUGAUUUUAUUUUUUCUCUUUAUUUUAAAUGUCAAUAAGCUGUUUUUUUCUUUGUUUUUAAAUGCUUUUAAUCAUGUAAUGCACAUUGAGUUACCUUGUGUUUGAAAUGCGCUAUAUAAAUAAAUUUGCUUUGCUUUGCACUGAGGAGAGGCUUCCGUCAGGCCACUCUGCCAUAAAACCCCGACUGGUGGAAGGCUGCAGUGAUGGUUGACUUUGUAGCACUGUCUCCCAUCUCUCGACUGCAUCUCUGGAGCUCAGCCACAGUGAUUUUUGGGUUCUUCUUUACCUCUCUCACCAAAGCUCUUUCCCCCCAAUUGCUCAGUUUGGCCGGACGGCCAGCUCUAGGAAGGGUUCUGGUCGUCCCAAACGUCUUCCAUUUAAGGAUUAUAGAGGCCACUACUCUUAGGAACCUUAAGUGCAGCAGAAGUUUUUUUGUAACCUUGGCCAGAUCUGUGCCUUGCCACAAUUCUGUCUCUGAGCUCUUCAGGCAGUUCCUUUGACCUCAUGAUUCUCAUUUGCUCUGACAUGCACUGUGAGCUGUAAGGUCUUAUAUAGACAGGUGUGUGGCUUUCCUAAUCAAGUCCAAUCAGUAUAAUUAAACACAGCUGGACUCCAAUGAAGGUGUAGAACCAUCGCAAGGAUGAUCAGAAGAAAUGGACAGCACCCGAGUUAAAUACGUUUUGGGCCAUUCGGAGAGCACACAGUCAAUGCCAGCUGGGUUGCAGUUCAGGAGCUGAAGAAGCUUGGACUCGGUACUGAAGUGGACUUGCAGGUCUACGAGGUUCCUGUAGAGUACCAAACAGUGCAGAGUUUAGUUCCAUCACUAUGGAAGAAGUAUCAUCCAAUGCUUGUUGUUCAUGUUGGAGUAUCAGGCAUGGCCACCACUGUCACGUUAGAGAAGUGUGGCAGAAAUCAUGGCUACAAGGGCCUGGACAACAGCAGCUUCUGUCCUGAUUCACAGUGUUGCAUUGUGGGGGGCCCAGACUGUAUUGACUCCGUUAUUGACAUGGAAUCAGUCUGCAAGAGAGUGACUGCCUCUGGACUGGGAGUUACUGUGUCUGUCUCUAAAGAUGCUGGAAGGUAUCUAUGUGACUUCACCUAUUACACAUCCCUGUACAUGAGCCACGGUCGCUCGGCCUUCAUUCACGUGCCUCCUCUUGGGAAGCCAUAUAGCGGUGAAGACCUGGGCCGUGCGUUGCAGGCCAUUGUGCAGGAGAUGCUGGAACUUCUGGGUAACGCCAAGGAGAAAAUUCACUGCCAGCAGCACUUCCACUAAGUGACCUCUUGAUGCCAGCCAGCCUCUCCAGCCACGCAAGACAAAUUGCACUCAACCACAAGUAGCCAAGUUCUUUCUUUUUCUUAUCCUGUCAGAUGUAAUGAAAGCUUCAGUGUGUAGGACCUUUUCACUGUCUGUUCUUGCUUUAAUUUCCUAUUUUGCCCCUCAAUAAUAGAGAAAUGAUACAAGAUUGUCCCACUUUAAAGAUGCAGAUGUGUGAAUUUGUUUCGCUUUUACCUCCAAAGCACAGGAAGCUUUGUGGUUCACAAAAACUAUAGUCUCUGCAGUGUGUAACAGAUUCUACACAGCAUUAGUCCAAAUGCGGGUACUAGUAUUGCACCUUCUAGUGUUAGGGUUACUGAAAUGGUUACAGAAGUCACAUUUGGCAGCCUUACAUGGGUUGAAUUAGGAAUUUGUCAUUCUUACGUUUAAGGAUUUUGCCUUAUACAUGUGUUGCCAAAGCUUCCAGAUUACUUCUGUGUAAUGAUUUUUUCAUUCUCAAUACACACAUCACCACAAGUCAGCAGAUUAUCAUUGCGAACGCUUAUACGUGAUUAAAUAAGUAUAUUCAUGUAGAAACCCUUAGCAUAAAUCAUGAUGUUCCGUUCAUACAAUUUCUCCAUCUUAAGUCUAUCUGGCUAUUUGUUUCUGGACUUUUUCUUUAUAAGAAGUUGUGAAUUUACCUUCUUUUACAAAGGUCAUUUAAAAUUGGGAACGGGUUGGUUCGAGCUCACAUUCCCCUAGUAUGUGGCCCAUUUCUGACCAGUAGCCAAUAAUUCAGCCCCCUGAUAUCUGAUCAUAGGUUGUGGAAUAUGAUAUUAACAGAUCUGCUCCGGUUUUCUAGGUUUACUAGGCUGCAUAAUUAUUUGAGAAAGUAAAUCAUUGUGAUUGCUGUAUAGCCAAUAAUAUUGUCGAGACUGUAGUUUGUGGCACGAUGUCGCUGUGGUCUCUGGGAACGUGACAUUUUUGCGGGAGAUUGGAGACUUGCAGCAUUUCACAACCAACACUAAGCCGUAUCAUGGUGGCAGUGUUGGAUGCUAUUGUUUCCCUGGCCCCAACUUAAAUUCAGUUCGAAUACAGACCUCACCAAUAAGAAAAAAUUAAACAAGGGUUUCCCAAACAUGUAGUUGGAGUCAUAGAUAGUACCCACAUUUCAAUUAAAGCACCAUUAGAUAACAAAUUCAGCAACGUGAACAGGAAAGGAUUUCAUUCAAUCAAUGGACAAAUAAUCUGCAAUCCACAUUGUUUGGAGGAACGCAUCAUUCAUUCAUUCUACAGAAUAGCUCCGUGGGUGUGCGCCUAAAGGAUGAGGAGCUGUUGAAGAUGGCUGGCUGCAGUGAUCUGUCCCCAAUAAUGCUUGCAAUCCGGUUUUCCACAUGACUUGCUUGUCGUCCUCCAGUUAACAAAAGAUAAAUCUCAUCUGUGCUCCGUGACAUGUUUUUUUUUGACAAUGAGUAGCGGUUAUAUUCUCCCAGGUAAUUUUGUUUCUUUUGUUGGUUACACCGGCAUUAAUUGCUCCAAACAGUAAUUUUUGAUUUGGUUCCACCUUUCAGACAAAUACCUCAAUGUCGGUCACGGAGAUAUUCCUUUUCUCCGCCUUCUUUGCCAUGAUUUUGGAAGUAGGAGCACAUUCUUAAAAGGGAUUGCGGCUACCAUAUAUGGUCAGUUGGAGGUGUCUCUCAAUGCAAAUGAGGCCAAAUGUGGGCGAGCGUGGCAGUUUAGAACAGGUGGAAUUCAUUAACACACAUGACUUACUCGUGUGCAUACGACAGGUGUCCACACAGUUGAUAAAUACAUAUUUUUUUGUAUUUACACACUUUCUAAAUUCCAGUCCUACGAACGAACUUAGAACCUUUUAUAUGCAUUCUUUGAUAAAUGAGGACCCUGGUGAGGAUGAGUGGUACAGAAAAUGAAUGGAUGAAUGCAGUUUGUAGAUUUUUUUUUUCUCAACAGUUUUCCUGACAAUGUGUGGAUUAUAUUUCUCUGACGUAAACAAAAGUGGAACAAUUAACACUGUAACACUGUGAUGACUGGAAAGUGAAUCAAGACCUCUUUAAUGAAAUGUAUAGGAAAGGAACUCCGUAGAUUGCAUUUUCUUCUUCUUUCAUCCUUCACUAUGCAAAAACAGUUGGAAGUACCAUUUUUUGUCUAUAAGCACAAUGUUUUCCUUUCCCCAAAUUGUACAGCCUGAAACUAUUUUCCUUGUUUAAAGCUUUCCAAGGUCAUUCAUAGUUGCUCAAGUUAUAUAAGAAUCUAUGUGACCCUGUGUCAAAUCAGAUUUGGGAUGGAAAUUAUGAUUUCUGUAGCACUUUCUUGUUUUUCCACUUUUUUGCCAUAACUGUUUUUAUUAUCUUAAGAAAAUAGUUUUUUCACUUAUAGUUCAUUGGUAUUACAAUACAGUGCUCAACAGAAAGGAGUACAUCCCAACAUUCACUAGAAAACCUUGAGUUUCCUCUCAGAAUCAGUAACUGCCAUGAAUGUGGGCCAUUGAUUGCAGAUGACAUUUGGCAAUGUGCACAUGCAACAAUGUAAUUUUUCGUUACAGAUUCAUUUAUUAUUGCAACAUUGCAAUAAAUACACACCAAUUAAUGUCCAGCAUAGCUACGCUUUAGGUUUGAAAAAAUAACUCUAAUUUACAAAAAUGUAAACACAGGUUAGUCUAAUCAUUGUCAAACUUCAGAAAAUUGCUCGUGUUCAUUGAGAAAAAGAUAAAAUGCUUACUUUUCAAAGGUAGUGUACUCAAUUAUGUUGAGCACUGUAUGUAGCUUUGUAGACAAACACCCACCCAAGUGUUUUUGCCAUUAAUGUUGUAUUUUUUUAGUUAUUUUGCUCAGUAAUAUUAACAAAUGUAGCAAAUCCCCUUAGUCUGUGUUGAUGCAACUUCCAGAUGUAAAUGUGAUUUUCUAAUGGCAUUUUUUAAAAAGUUGUCUUCAGUUUGAUCAUGUACAACAGGAGCCUUUCCCUGACAUUAGUGGCUCAUCAGCAUGACAUCAAAAUGUGAUUUUUUUAUUUUUUAUUUUUUUUAAAUAGCGUUGUAGUUGUGUAUAGUUUCUGCAACCUGAGUCCCCCAAUGGAUAUGUUUGUGGAAGAGCUGGAGCUUUAGAGUAAAUUGUCUUGCCUAGAAAACUAACUCAACACGGUUUUGUGUUGCAGCAUUACAUAGUAGUCUCACAGCUUUAAGUUCAAAUAUAUCAUAAUAUGAGUUACAGUAGUCUAGUUGAUUUUUUUUUUUCCUUUCUUGGCAUAAAGUAGCAACCAGUUACCUGAAACAGAGCUUGUACAAUGCUUAACAUAUUUAUUAAACCACCACCCAAUGUAUGGUUUAUGGCACAACUGCCCUUAAUAAACAGCACUGGUAAUUACCCAAAUAUAUAUUUUUUAAUGUUUCUGUAAACCAGUAUGUAGAAGUUAUUAAAACCAAAGUUAUAUUUUUAAAUGCUAAAAUACAGUCCUAAGGAUAAAAAAAUACAGUGCAAAACAAUAAUUAUUCCUGAACAGAAACAAAAAAAAUUGAUUAGUGGUGGAAUGUUCUGGCUGAUGAAUUUCCAAUUUCUCAGAACCCCAGUUUGUCAGCCCAAAUUUUGGUAUAAAAGGUUAAUUAAUUUUCAAUUUCAUUCUACAUCCCCAAUUUCAAUGAAGUUGGGACGUUGUGUUAAACAUAAAUAAAAACAGAAUACAAUGAUCUGCAAAUCAUGUUCAACCUAUAUUUAAUUGAAUUCACUAGAAAGACAAGAUAUUUAACGUUCAAACUGAUAAACCUUAUUGUUUUUAGCAAAUAAUCAUUAACUUUGAAUUUUAUGGCUACAACACGUUCCCAAAAAGCUGGGACAGGUGGCAAAAAAGACUUAGAAAGUUGAGGAAUGCUCAUGAAACACCUGUUUGGAACAUCCCACAGGUGAACAGGCUAAUUGGGAAUAGGUGGGUGCCAUGAUUGGGUAUAAAGGAGCUUCCCUGAAUUGCUCAGUCAUUCACAAGCAAAGAUGGGGCGAGGUUCACCUCUUUGUGAACAAGUGUGUGAGAAAAUAGUCGAAGUUUAAGGACAAUGUUCCUCAACGUACAAUUGCAAGGAAUUUAAGGAUUUCAUCAUCUACGGUCCAUAAUAUCAUCAAUUGGUUCAGAGAAUCUGGAGAUAUCACUGCAUGUCAGCGGCAAGGCCGAAAACCAACAUUGAAUGCCUGUGACCUUCGAUCCUUCAGGCGGCACUGCAUCAAAAACUGACAUCAAUGUGAUAUCACCACAUGGGCUCAGUAACACUUCACAAAACCAAUGUCAGUAAAUACAGUUCGGCGCUACAUCCGUAAGUGCAACUUGAAACUCUACUAUGCAAAGCAAAAGCCAUUUAUCAACAACACCCAGAAACACCGCCGGCUUCUCUGGGCCCGAGCUCAUCUAAGAUGGACUGAUGCAAAGUGGAAAAGUGUUCUGUGGUCCGAUGAGUCCACAUUUCAAAUUGUUUUUGGAAAUUGUGGACGUCGUGUCCUCCGGGCCAAAGAGGAAAAGAACCAUCGGGACUGUUAUGAACACAAAGUUCAAAAGCCAGCAUCUCUGAUGCUAUGGGGCUGUGUUAGUGCCAAUGGCAUGGGCAACUUACACAUCUGUGAAGGCACCAUUAAUGCUGAAAGGUACAUACAGCUUUUGGAGAAACAUAGGCUGCCAUCCAAGAAAUAUCUUUUUCAUGGACGCCCCUUCAACAAUUAGUGUCCUCAGUUCCCAAACUUUUAUUGAAUAUUGUUAAAAGAAAAGGUGAUGUAACACAGUGGUAAACAUGACCCUGUCCCAGCUUUUUGGGAACGUGUUGCAGCCAUAAAAUUCUAAGUUAAUGAUUAUUUGCUAAAGACAAUAAAGUUUAUCAGUUUGAACAUUAAAUAUCUUGUCUUUGUAGUGUAUUCAAUUAAAUAUAGGUUGAACAUGAUUUGCAAAUCAUUGUAUUCUGUUUUUAGUUAUGUUUAACACAAUGUCCCAACUUCAUUGAAUUGGGGUUGUAUUUAAAAUUCCUCAUUCCCCUUUGAAAUAGUAAAAUGUUAAGAGCUCAUUGAAAGAGUCUACAUUAAAGCACUCCAUGAUGCUGGAUGGUCUAUUCUCAUUUCUUCUGACAGGUGGUCUAAUAUAUUUGUCAAGCACUGUACAUUUAACCUUAGUCUGUCAUAUGUUUAAUUGUUGAUUGGGAAAGUUUGCAGAAUUGGUAGGUGCUAAUGUUUAACGGGGUGUGGCAUUGUGAGUGCAAGAAUGUGAAUGGGUCGUGCUGCACCGAAAUAGCUGCUCACAAAUGUAUAGCUAGUUUGUUUCAAGUGACUUCUACCCCCUUUAACUCCUGUGCCUUGCUGUUAUUUAUUUUUGUUUGGAGAAGGCCUUAGAUGUUGGUCAGUUCAAAGAUAUAUUUGGAUAUAUUCCAGGCAAAUGUGUGGCUACCUCAAAUCUAUUUUUUAAUCUCAAUGUGGGCUCAACAUUAUGACUGUGAGUUAUUGUAAGUACUGUACCUCUGUUAGGGAACAUCCCAUGUAUGUUCUCUGCUUCUGACAUUAUCAAGGCACUGUUACAAUAAGUAAGAUUGGCUUUAUAAGAGGAAAGGCUUUUAAAUAAAGAUAAUUGGGAUGUUAAAAAAUGA